CAUAAUCAAGAAAGCAUUUACCGUGAUCAGCACAAGUUUUCAUCAGGCGAGGAAGAAGCAAAUGUGGAUCCCGAACAUUUAAUGGUCAACAUCUCUCACCUCCCAAAUGUGGAAGUCAAAUAUCAGCCAAGAACAGUGUGCAAACUAAAAUUCUCUACAAACACAGAUAACAAAGGUAGGUACACCUAUAACUCUUUUGCAUAUGAGUAA